AUGUCGGCUGAUCCCACUGCUAAUCUGCAGCUAUUCUCUCCACCAGGGUCGGGUCGUUCCUCACCUGUCCCUCGAGCUUCGCGCAACAUUGCAGAAGAGCCGUUGUACAAGAAAGACAAAGGCUUUCGACGAUAUGCGGCAGGCGUCGAACGCGCGCUCGCUCUCUGGGAUACCGCACAGCAAGAAUGGGCCGACUACAUUUCAUUCCUGGGAAGGCUGCUGAAGGCCCUGCAGUCGCACCCUUCCGAGAUACCAGUCAUUCCACAUAGCGACACUGUCGCACUGCGAUUAGCGCAGUGCUUGAAUCCAGCAUUGCCAUCGGGUGUACAUCAGAAGGCACUCGAAGUCUAUGGCUACAUAUUCUCUACCAUCGGAAAAGACGCCCUUGCCCGUGACCUCCACCUCUACUUCCCUGGCCUUGCCUCUGUGCUGUCCUUCGCAUCACUUUCCGUCCGCCCCCUGUUCCUAUCCGUGUUCGAGAGCUACAUCUUGGAGCUCGAUGGAGCUGCGCUUCGACCGGCCCUGAAGGCAGUCAUACUUUCGCUACUCCCAGGCUUGGAAGAUGAGACGAGCGAGGACUUCGAACGCAUGGUGUCAGCACUCGAAAAGCUGCGUAAAGCUGCGGUGGACAACACGGACAAAGCCAUAGAUGCGAAGAUCAGCAGUAGCUCGUCUCACUUCUGGCAAUGCUUCUUCCUAGCAACAAUCACAAACGCUUCUCGAAGACAGGGCGCCCUAGCCUUCCUCGUUCGUCGCCUGCCCAAGUUUGGCGUUUCGAAUCGCCGCAACUCUCCACCUAAUACUCUCACACAAAACGGAGGUCUGCCGGCCGAAGCUGAAGCAGCUGUAUCCCCAGAACCAGGCCUGCUCAUUCGAUGCUUCGAAUCUGGACUUUCAGAUUCUCAAUUACUAAUACAACGAGGGUUUCUUGAUCUGCUUGUUAGCCAUCUACCUCUUGACUCGCCCGUUCUACAAGAGCGCAUUAGCAAAGGGGACCUGGAGCGACUAGUCGCCGCCGCCGCCGGAGUGGUGUCGCGGAAGGACAUGAGCCUUAAUCGCCGACUCUGGGCAUGGUUCCUUGGACCAGAGCCUACGGCUUCUGAAGGCAGCGAGAAUGUGACCUCACCCACGCCGGACAAGCACCAUGCCUCCGCUGAUGCUUCAACCCAUCAAGCUGCAUACUUCUCUCAGUAUGGCCUUGAGGCGCUGACAAACAGCGUGCUCAAAAUGGUCAAUAGACGUACCAUAAUACCCACUGAGCGAGCCCGCCCUUUUCGAGUAUGUCUCUCAUUGAUGGAUCGAUGGGAGGUGGGUGGCUUGAUCGUACCUGAAGUCUUCCUCCCCGCACUACAAAGCGUUCAGUCCUACAGUGAAGGCGCUCCAAGGGAUCAUGUGGAGGAAGUUAUGAGAAGCGCCAGUGCCUUCUUUGAUGGCGUUGAUAGCGGUCUGAUAUGGGGAAAGCUGAUAUAUCUCGUUACAUCAUCCCUACAGGCUGAUGCUACGCCGCGCGACGAAGCUAUACAUAGGAUGAAGCUGGCGAAGUUUGUUCUGGCGCGCUUCAACCUCAAGGAAGAGGAUAUGCUACUUCACCAUAUGCCUUUGAUGAUUCUCGCGACAAUCGCGUCUCUCAAUGACGCCUUCGAGAAGACCGGUACAUCAUCUAUAGACGCCGAGGUCGUGAGCCUCGCUGUCGAAAUCGCCGACUCUCUUGUUCAACUGGUACCAGAUCGGGCGUUGAAAUACGAUGAGGCUAUGGAGCAAGGCCUUGCUGCAGCUAUCAAGAUACCUCGAGCGACCGUAUUCAAGCAGAUUUGGACAUUCUACGAGGACUCUCAAGGAAGCUUGGACGCGGUAGACCUCCCCUUUGACCCUACCCAAAUCGGUCAGUUCACUCUACGCGAGGCAUCCCGCAUGUUCUCAACAUCCAUAAAGUCCAAUGGCUCGUCCAUCCCGGCCGAGAUGCCUUCCAAGAUUUUAGCCAACCUGAUCUUCAAGAUACAGCAGCUGAAAGCCAUUGAUGAGUUUGACCCUGCUGUGGUCUUCCAUCACGUUCUUUCAAAAUACGCCGGCGCUUAUACGGAUAUCCCUUUCUCUCAAUUAAGUGCAUUGACUGCGGUACUAGUAGCGCUUCAAACCUCUCGACCCUCAGAGCCCUAUAUUACCCCUUCUCAGCUCUUUGAGCUUGUACAUCCGCUAGUUGGCUGUUUCUGGCAAUAUCUGUCACCGCUGAUGCCCAAGUAUCACGUCGAAUCAGCUCGAUGCAUGUUGCAGCUGCACACGAUCGCACCUACUAGCCGAAUAGUGGAGGCUGCUAUCUCCUCGAUCAUUGUGGAACGUACCUCACAGUCUGCUACAUCGACUAGCACCUCAGACUGUGGUCGAUGUUUUGCGACCCUGUGGACUCACACAAUACACGAAUUGAGCUUACAAUCAGAGAAACGCGGUAGUAUAGCACGCCGACCUAGUAGCAAUAGCUUACUACCAACAUCACCACCUCCCGCAGAUUUUCAUUCCCUCUUAACAAGGCCGCUUCUGCUUCUCUUGGACGCGCUUGCAGAGGAAGGCUCUGAGACAUCUACAUUCAUGCGGAGUUGGCUACAGGACCUACCAAGUUUGAACAAGGUCUUUGAAGUCCUUGUACUUCACAUUCAGUCGUUACAAUGCUUAGUAGUUACCAACAGCUUGGCACCUGAAAAGACAACGCAGGAGCAACGACCGCGUCGCGAAAGAGACGACACUAAAGAGUGUUUAUAUUACCUCAAACACAUUCUCAACAUUUUGAAACACCCCUCCCAUCUUACCUGGGUAACGCUUGCCGAGGUGUCUGUUCCCUGGGUCGACCUAUCAUCACUUCGAGCAACACUUCAGGAGUGGCUCAUGCAUACAUGCCUGAAAACUCUUUCGCUUCAAGUUGAUCGAGCAGAAGCCAAAGUCGAGCCUCAUAUACACGAGCUGCAUCGAAUAUCAGUCUCCAUUAUAACACAAAUCUACCAAAGUCCGUUUGCAGCCCCACUGAGAGAGCUUGAGCUUGAAGUGCCGCUGAUGAUGAGGCUCAAAUCAGCCGGGCCAUCUUUGCAAAGGCUACUUUUAGGGGCAGAACUGUCUGCGCUAAGAUUACGCCUCACCCGGUCUCGACACGAACCAAUGUCGGAGCCCAAAACCCCAGGUCAUCCAACCCAUCGGUCAAGACUGUCUCUGGCCAUGAACAGAGACUCUGAAGAUUACGAGCCGGCGCCUAUCCCUCCACCUCCUCAGCUUAUUGACUGUCUCAAAUUUGGGUUUUCGUCACCAACCAGUCGUCUCGUACUGGAUGACUGGGUCCAGUUUCUUAUUGAGGUUUUGCCUCUGUUUGCCGACACCAUCUUCCAAAACCUUCUACCUCUUGUCGAAUGUCUCUGCAGACAGAUCAACAUCACCUUUGAGAAUCUAAAGUCAACUUUCACGAAAGAUGAUGACCCAAGACCGAGCAUCUCCCCAGAAUCCACGCUUGUCUCGCUCAUUAACGGGCUAGAGCAAAUUCUAGCUAAAGCACACGAACGUUUAAUGACUCAAGAGACCAAAGCAUCAGCUAACAAAACUCCUGAGCAACCCCAAGGCUUCUUUAGCAAUGUAGUAUCUGGUGUUUUCUCCUCAGAUAUGAACCCGACGCGUACGCCAACAGCCAACAGCAGACUCACAGUUUUACUUUGCUUUCAGGAUACUGUUCGAAUGUGCUUUGCUAUAUGGUCCUGGGGUGGCUAUGGACAGGACCAGGGCCGCCAAGACCCUACGUCGGCUUCAUCCUUUGGCUACACAUCUCUGCGCUUACGCAACCGUGCUCGGCGUAUCCUAGAACACCUGUUCGCUGCAGAAGCGCUGGAAUGUCUGGAGACACUAGUAGUCCUGUGGGCACGUGCAAGGAAGGACGACGUUCAAGAAUCAGUCGUCACUGGUCUACUGAACGUACUGAACGGCUCCAUGCCGAAACAUACCAUCCCGGCUAUCUUCAAUGCAGUGUAUAGCCGAACUGACCCUAGUGCCUUGGAUGUCAAUCGGUUAUCUACGUUAACUUCGGACCUCUCCGAUACUGAUCUUGUUGCUUUCCUCGUUGAAUACACAAAGUCUUUGGAGGAUGAUGCUAUGGAUGAGAUAUGGCAAGACUGCACGCUGUUUCUCCGCGACGUUCUUGCCAACCCUCUCCCUCAUCGACAAAUACUACCUACGCUUCUAGAAUUCACCGCUGUAAUCGGCCAGAAGGUUGACAACACCAAUUUUGGAGAGCAGCGGAGGAUGAGAAGAGAGCUUGCAGAUAUUUUUGCAAGGAUUCUGACUGCAAUCUUCACAACCCGUUCAAUGGGCUACAUUCAAGAUACCAAUCAAGUAUCGUCGACCGAGGAGACCUCAGCCGCCACAAAUGGAAGCCGCGCCCAGAAGCGAGCAACUGACGUGGUUUCUAUUCUCAACUCAAUCGUACCAAAAUUACCCACUGUUCUCAUAGAGAAUGAUCGUGUUGCAAAGGUCGUGUCAGACAUUUCGACAUCUGUCAUCGGCCCUACAUUCCGCGCAAAAGCAUUUCCGGACAACGUUUCUAAGAGUGUGCUAGACCUACUACUUGGGUUAACAAAGAUCGCACAAGGCAACAAGUUUCUAAAGAAGGACAUCUUCGAUGCCUUCAACGAUCUAAAGUUCUUCAACACGCCAUUACCCCUGCUUCAGGACUCGUGGUUGCCCAUUCUCGCACAGUGGACUCAGUCGGAUAAAGAACGCGUGCCAGAGCUACUUUCGCGACUGUCUGCACCGACAACAGCUGGCAUCAUGUUCGGUGUCGGUGCUACAUCUGCCCGACAGGACGCUGAUCGCAAAACACAGCAAACGCUUCGACGCAUCGCGCUCCUCGUUCUCGCCAACCCGGAAGAUGCAUACACACCCAACAUGCCACAAAUCUUGGAGAAGGUUGUGGAACUGCUCACGGCCACACCGGCGUCGUCUCCCUCAUCGACCACUCGUGCAGAUGUGAUCGUGCUGUUGCGUGCCAUGAUCCUCAAGACCUCGCCAAUCCAUCUCGCGUCACUAUGGCCUGUCGUGAACGGCGAGUUGACAUCUGCCUUGUCAUCGCUUUUACCGAACGCAGGGAACAAGGAGCAUUAUAACAACUCUGGCGUCAUACAAACAUGCAAGUUACUGGAUGAGCUUGUAGUACUUGAUCCAGAUGACUUCCAACUCAUGGAAUGGCUAUUCGUGACUGAUACCAUUGAUGCGGUGUACAAGCCUAGCACGCCACUGUCACUACAGUCACUUACAGAGGAGAUUAGUGAAGUGCUGUCGCAAUACUCGUCUGCGCCUACGGUUACGCUACAUACCAGCAGCGACUUGACUUCGGACGAAUCGAAAAGGACUCUGUUCCUCGACCCGCUUAUUGAGGCGUUGGAAAAGGAAGAAAACGCCGCGGUGCUGGACAUGGCAAGAGGGGAGCUUAUCAACAGAGUAGUCAGACCGUUCUUGGGGAACCUGGCGAUGAAUACAUUUGAAGCUAGGUAUGGAGGCUGCGAGGCGGACUGGCAGGGUGUUUGGGAGAGUGUUGUUCGGGACGCUGGGUCUUAG